AUGGGCCCACCAAUGAAAAGGACCGAGCGUGUACUAUCAGACGCCGCUGAUAAAGUGGCCAAGGCUGAGGAAGCAGCACGUCAGUAUGAAGCUCAAUUGGCUGAAGCAGCAGCCAAGAAACGUCAUUUGGAAGAAGAGAAUGAAAAAUUACGUGCUUCAAUUUUAAACAUGGCAUUACAAAACGCCAGUGUUGAUUUACGUCGUGAACACGUACAGCUACGUCAGACACUUGAUUCGUACCAGACUAAAAUUGACCAAAUGCGUGAAAUCUCUUUGCUUUCAGCGAAAGUGGUCGACAGUCGUAUCAAGACGAAACAGGGGCGACAGUAUGUUGAGUACAAGCUGUUAAUUGAGACAGACAUUCGAGGCACGUUGGUAUUAUGGCAUCGAUACAGCACAUUCUUAAAUUUGGCGGCUACACUAAAGGCUAAAAAUCCCAGCAGCGAUCACGAUAUUCCAGAGUUACAGACCCAAAGUCUUACGGGAUUUUUCUCAGAUCAGCUCAUUAUCGAUCGCAUUGUCAAGCUGAAUGAGUUUCUGGAUGUCGUGACGAAAGCGGAAGAAUUUCAAUGGGGUAUUCGGAUAGAUAAAGACACGUGCGUAUACAAACGAAAGAGCAAACGUAUUGACAGAGCAUACAGUGUCGAUUCCAGGGAGAGUAUCUCAACACUCACGCCCAGUAUGCGCGACAGCAUGUUUAUGCCAACGAGUUCGCGAGCAUCCACUAUCUCUAUGGACUCGUAUUAA